AUGGCAGAGAUGCCGGCAAAAAUAUACUUUGAUAAGGACAAUUAUGGUGAUGGGGAUAGUCGACGUGAUGCUGUGUACACACAUACAUACAAAUAUAGAAAUAGUAUACUCGAGGGUGAGGCGCAAUUGACGUUGGCGUUGGUGGUAGUUUUUGUACGAAAAAUUUCAAGAAGACAAAGAUCAGCGGGCCCCGUUAAGAUAUCGUUCGUUGGCGGCGGUCAGAGAGGUUCGAAAGUUUGGCGACGCGAACGCAUCGAAAUGACAAAUGAUCCGGAUUUAGAUGAUUGUGCCUUUCUAUCAGACACUUCAUUAUCCUCCAUUUGGCAUCUUGUUUGCUUGCUUGCCAUUGCAGACUGUUCGUGCGCCGGUAAAUUGGCACCUGGAUUCGAAACGGAUGAAGAGAACGACACACAACCCUUCAAUCCGAUUGCGACGAAUGGAGAGCCCUAUCCCUGGCUGGAAAUGGCACUGCCGACAAACGCGCGUCCAUUGCGUUACAUGGUGACAAUACAUCCGAAUCUGACGACGUUGGACGUCAAAGGUCAAGUGACAAUUGAUCUUUUCGUGGAGAAGGAAACAAAUUUCAUAGUGCUGCACAUACAGGACUUGAACGUAACCGAUAGGGCAAUUGUGACGUCUGGGAAUAAAGGUUACGCUAUUAAAAUCGUCAAAGUGUUGGAGUAUCCACCGCGACAGCAAUUUUACAUUGAAGUCAAGGAAAAACUGAAGAAGAAAUCCAAUUACACGCUCAACCUGCGUUGGUAUUCGAAAUUGAAUCCGGAGCCAGAAGGCUUUUAUGUGGAUCAGUAUGAAAGCUCGAAUGGUCUUGAGCGUUUACUAGCAGCUACAGUAUUUCGACCGAAUGGUGCGCGCCGCGCCUUCCCUUGCUUCGAUGAGCCGCAAAUACGCGCGCCAUUUCGCAUUUCCGUUUUCCGUGAUCGCUUCCACAUUGGUCUUUCCAAUUCAAUUGUGCACACCACAGAGGAUGUGGGCUUCUACAUGGGCACAGGUUUGCUACGUGACGAUUUUAUUGAAACGCCACCGCUUCCUGCCGAUGCAGUCGCUUGGGUGGUGAGCGACUUCCAGCGUGAAUCAUUGCAACCUUCACCAGCUUACUUGCCCACCACACCUGCGCCGCCUGGUAGUGGCUCGAAAAAGUCCGCGCAACUCAACAACUACACCCAGUUGAAGGAAAAGAAACCACCUGUACGCAAUAUCACCGCGCUCACCCAUUCGCUGAAUAUCAAUCUGUUGAAAAAUGCCACCACAACGACAAUUGCGCCCACUGCCGAUACGAAUGGCAAGAACUUAACAUCUCUAAGCCAGUCGACGGGUUCGAUUAUAAAGCGCGCGCCCUCUUAUACCUUCUACGCUCCACGUGAUCUACUGCCACGCUCAUCUUUUAUACUUCAUACCGCACGUGACGUAUUGGAACAUCUACAGACUUGGCUGGACAUAUUAUACCCGCUAACGAAGGUAGACUUCGUGGCGUUGCCCUCACUGGAUCGCAACAUUAUCUCCUCGUUGGGUUUGGUAACGCUGAAGACCGCCUUUCUUACCGAUCCAGAUUCCAUUACAACGGAGGAGUAUCAGAAGAGCGCAUUGCAAGUAGCCGAGGCCAUGGUGCGUCAGUUCUUUGGUGGUAUAACAUCGAGGAAGGUUUUGAAGGAUGUCUGGUUGUGGGAAGGCCUUAUAAAAUAUCUUGGCAUACAUUCACUUUCGCCACAGCAAACCAACUGGCCAUUGAAGGAAAUGUAUUUGCUGAAGAUGGCCACUGCUGCUUUGGACAUUGAUGCCAUACAGGGCUGGGAUAGUAUUAUGAAUGGCACAAAGCAUGAUGGGAAUAAUGAAGAGUUUUUCAUACAAAAGACCGCUGCCAUAUUUUCAAUGUUACACACCGCCAUUGGAGAGGACCGUUUUCGCGGUUGCCUUGGUGCUUUUCUCAAAAUCAACCGUUUUAAAACUGCCGAACCCACAGAUCUUUGGACAAUUUGCACAAAGAAAGCGAAUGGUUCUAAAAAUAUCAAAGAAAUGAUGACUUUAUGGACACAUCAACCGGGCUUCCCAUUACUAACUGUUACCAAACUAGGCAACAGUGUAUCCAUAUCACAAAGACCCUUCAAACCGGCUGAAUUUCUUGCCAUACACGAUGAGACUUAUGACGGCAAUAACUACAACAAAACAGUAGUGAAUGUCACAGAAAUGCCGAGCACGGUGGCACCAACAACAGCUAGUAAAAGCAAGAAACCCACGCAGAUGAAAUGGAUAUUCCCAAUAACUUACAUAACUGACAUAAAUAAUGUCAGUGAAACGCUAUGGUUGCAAAAUAUUGAUGUCACUUUCAAUGUACCGGAGAAUGUCAAAUGGAUCAAGGUUAAUGCAAUGCAGCCCGGAUACUACCGUGUCUUGUAUAACGAUGACAAUUGGGCUAAUUUAAUUGAGGAGCUUUCAAACAACCUCGACAAAUUUUCUAGUGAGGACCGCAUUGGUUUACUCUCAGAUUCCUUUACUCUCUGCCAUGCGAAUUUAUUGCCUUGUGAGAUCACUAUGAAUAUGAUACAAUAUUUGCCGAGUGAAACGAAUUGGGGUCCAAUGACAGUGGCGCUGCGUCAUUUGGAAAAAUGGCGUCGUAUUUUGAAAUAUUCAGAAUGCUUCUUGAUGUUAUCAGAAUUUAUUAAAAUGAAAUUGGCAACCGUAAUUGAGAAAAUCGGUUGGAAUGAUGAAGGCAACGAGGCUAAAAGGCUUAUGAGGCCGGAAGUACUUUUAAGCUCAGUGCUGUGGGAGGACAUCGAUAGUAUUACAAAAGCAAAAAAUAUGUUAAACCAAUUUCUUUUCUACAACGGUUCCGCAAUUCCGCCUAAUUUGAGAGAGGUCGUCUACACUGGAUCCAUACUGUCUGGUGAGUACAUAUAUUGGCAACACUGUUGGGAACGUUUCAUCACACUUCAGCGCACAUCGGAGAGUUUUGUCGAGCGUAUGCAACUUUUGCGAGCGCUCGGUCGUACCAAAGACGCUUGGCUACAAAAUCGUCUGCUCUCGCAUGUCACAAUGCUGCCAACUGUCGAAGUAGUGCAGGUAUUGCAGGCAAUUGCCGGUACACCGACAGGCGGAGCAAUGGCGUGCCGUUUUCUGCAGGCCAAGUGGUUCGAGUUGGAAAUGCGACUGGGCCACGGGACGAUAAGUUUUGCCAAGGUGAUAUCAGCGAUAACACAAUAUGGUGCGACGAAAUUUGAUUACGAUGAGCUUAAAUCGUUAGUGCAUCGCUUUGGGCGUGGUCACGGCUUGGAAGUAUUAAAUAUGACACUGAGCAGUGUUGCUUCCAAUGUGGAAUGGGUGGCGCGCUCUCAAACAUCACUGUACAAGUGGGUGGAGAGUAAUUUGCAUUCGCAUUGAUUCAGCAGCACAACAGCAACAGCAACAGCAGCAACAACAAUAAAAAAUUAAGGUCUAUGGUUUAUGAUUUUAAAUUUUUGUUUUAGAAUUUCGCAUCAAAGGAACCUACAUUCAAAAUCAUUGUAAAAGACAUACUCAGCUAAUAUGCAUUCAAACGUUUUCAUAUGUACAUAUGUACAUGCAUAUGUAGAUAUUUUGGACGCAUACAAACAUACUAUUUAUAGAUAGUUCUAUGUACAUACAUAUAUACAUACAUACAUACAUACACAUCUAUUAUGUGACAUGAAUAUCAA